ACAACCAACCACACGAACACGACACACAGCCACUAGCAGGCAUAGACUAGCAAGCUAGGAGUAGCUAGCAUACUGCAUCAAUGGAACAAGCUAGCAGUGCGCAGGAGGAGCUCAGCCUUGAGCUCACUCUGGCGAUGGCGGUGGCACCUGCGCCCAGCGGCUUCUUUCUCUGCGUCUACUGCGACCGCAAGUUCCGCAGCUCGCAGGCGCUCGGCGGCCACCAGAACGCGCACAAGACCGAGCGCAGCGUCGCCAAGCGCCGGCUGGAGAUGGCCGCCGCCAAGCGCCGGCGGGAGAUCGCCGCCGCCACGCGCGCGCAGCACGUGAGUAAUUCCCUGUCUGUAUCUUGGAAGGCGAGGGAGAAGGCUGCUGCUCCUGGGAUGCUUGGGCCUGCAGGAUGCAAGCGCGCCAGAAGCUCGUUGGAGCGCGCCGACGAGGCCGAGCUGGACUUGUCUCUCCGGCUAUGAUCACUUGUCACCCGCUAGGUAGGUACUACCUGCGUUUUGGCACAUCGAAGUGAUCUAGCUAUUUAA